AUGCGGAAGAGAUGGGCCUGCUGGAGCGGAAGUGACGCUUCGGGCGGCUGUGGCGGCGGCGGCGGCUGCGGAAGAAGGAGGAGGAGGAGCCGGAGGAAGAGGGCUGCCUCGGAAGAAAGGAGAAUGGCGUUCAGCAAAGGAUUUCGGAUCUAUCACAAAUUGGAUCCUCCACCUUUCAGCCUCAUAGUGGAAACUAGGCAUAAGGAAGAAUGUCUCAUGUUCGAGUCUGGGGCUGUAGCUGUGCUCUCAUCAGCAGAAAAAGAAGCAAUCAAGAGUACAUACUCCAAAGUUCUAGAUGCCUAUGGACUUCUGGGUGUUUUACGAUUAAAUCUUGGUGAUAUUAUGUUACAUUAUCUGGUCCUCGUCACUGGAUGUAUGUCUGUUGGAAAAAUUCAAGAAUCUGAAGUUUUCCGAGUUACUUCCACUGAAUUUAUAUCACUACGAAUCGAUUCUUCAGAUGAGGAUCGCGUUUCAGAAGUGCGAAAAGUGUUGAAUUCAGGAAACUUCUAUUUUGCAUGGUCCGCAUCUGGAGUCAGUUUGGAUCUGAGUCUUAAUGCCCAUCGUAGCAUGCAAGAACAUACAACCGAUAAUAGAUUUUUCUGGAAUCAGUCUUUGCACUUGCAUCUCAAGCACUAUGGUGUGAAUUGCGAUGACUGGUUAUUACGCCUCAUGUGUGGGGGAGUAGAAGUCAGAACAAUUUAUGCUGCUCAUAAACAGGCAAAGGCUUGCCUCGUUUCCAGGCUAAGCUGUGAACGAGCUGGGACCAGGUUCAACGUAAGGGGAACCAAUGAUGACGGUCACGUCGCCAAUUUUGUAGAAACAGAACAGGUUGUGUACUUAGAUGACUGUGUUUCUUCCUUCAUACAAAUCCGGGGGUCUGUCCCAUUGUUCUGGGAGCAACCAGGGUUGCAGGUGGGAUCUCAUCGUGUUCGUAUGUCAAGGGGGUUUGAAGCCAAUGCGCCUGCUUUUGACAGGCAUUUUAGAACACUUAAGAAUUUAUAUGGUAAACAAAUAAUAGUAAAUUUGCUUGGAUCUAAGGAAGGGGAACAUAUGCUAAGUAAGGCUUUCCAGAGUCAUUUGAAAGCUUCUGAACAUGCAACUGAUAUCCAGAUGGUGAAUUUUGACUAUCAUCAAAUGGUUAAAGGAGGAAAGGCAGAAAAAUUACAUAGUGUUCUUAAACCUCAAGUCCAGAAGUUUCUGGAUUAUGGAUUUUUUUAUUUCAAUGGAAGUGAAGUUCAAAGAUGCCAGAGUGGUACAGUUCGAACAAACUGCUUGGAUUGUCUUGAUAGAACAAAUAGUGUGCAGGCAUUCCUUGGCUUAGAGAUGCUAACUAAACAAUUGGAAGCUCUCGGCUUAGCUGAAAAGCCUCAGCUGGUGACUCGCUUUCAAGAAGUUUUUCGAUCAAUGUGGUCUGUGAAUGGUGAUUCAAUCAGUAAGAUUUAUGCAGGAACUGGAGCUCUUGAAGGAAAGGCUAAGGCUGGAAAGUUAAAAGAUGGUGCUCGUUCUGUUAGCAGAACAAUUCAGAAUAACUUCUUUGACAGCUCCAAGCAAGAGGCCAUUGAUGUUUUGCUACUGGGAAAUACUUUAAAUAGUGAUUUAGCUGACAAAGCUCGAGCCCUUUUAACUACUGGAAGUUUGCGUGCAUCUUCUAAAGUUCUAAAGAGCAUGUGUGAGAAUUUCUACAAGUAUUCAAAGCCCAAGAAAAUUCGAGUAUGUGUGGGCACCUGGAAUGUGAAUGGCGGGAAGCAGUUUCGCAGCAUAGCUUUUAAGAAUCAGACCCUCACUGACUGGCUUCUUGAUGCACCCAAGUUAGCUGGCAUCCAGGAGUUUCAAGAUAAAAGAAGUAAACCAACUGAUAUAUUUGCCAUUGGUUUUGAGGAAAUGGUAGAGUUGAAUGCUGGAAACAUUGUGAAUGCAAGCACAACAAAUCAGAAGCUCUGGGCCGUGGAACUUCAGAAGACCGUCUCCAGAGACAACAAGUAUGUGCUGCUAGCCUCCGAGCAGUUGGUGGGCGUCUGUCUAUUUGUUUUUAUCAGACCACAGCAUGCUCCCUUCAUCAGGGAUGUUGCAGUUGAUACUGUGAAGACUGGAAUGGGAGGCGCAACUGGAAAUAAGGGAGCGGUCGCAAUACGAAUGCUGUUCCACACCACAAGCCUCUGCUUCGUCUGCAGCCACUUUGCUGCAGGACAAUCGCAAGUCAAAGAACGAAAUGAAGAUUUUGUGGAAAUAGCGCGGAAGUUGAGUUUUCCAAUGGGAAGGAUGCUGUUCUCCCAUGACUACGUAUUUUGGUGUGGUGAUUUCAACUACCGAAUCGAUCUUCCUAAUGAAGAAGUGAAAGAGCUCAUAAGACAGCAAAAUUGGGAUUCUCUUAUAGCAGGAGAUCAGCUUAUCAACCAGAAAAAUGCUGGACAGAUUUUUAGAGGAUUUUUAGAAGGAAAAGUAACCUUUGCUCCAACAUAUAAAUAUGAUUUGUUUUCUGAUGACUACGACACCAGUGAAAAGUGCCGCACCCCUGCAUGGACAGACCGUGUCCUCUGGAGAAGAAGGAAAUGGCCUUUUGAUAGAUCAGCUGAAGAUUUAGAUCUCCUAAAUGCUAGUUUUCAAGAUGGAAGCAAAAUCGUCUACACGUGGACUCCUGGCACUUUGCUGCACUAUGGAAGGGCCGAGCUGAAGACUUCUGACCAUAGGCCUGUCGUUGCCCUGAUUGAUAUCGAUAUAUUUGAAGUGGAAGCUGAAGAGAGGCAAAGCAUUUAUAAAGAAGUAAUUGCCGUUCAGGGUCCACCAGAUGGUACAGUGUUGGUCUCAAUCAAAAGUUCUCUACCAGAAAAUAAUUUUUUCGAUGAUGCUUUGAUUGAUGAACUUCUGCAACAGUUUACAAAUUUUGGUGAAGUUAUACUCAUAAGAUUUGUAGAAGAUAAGAUGUGGGUUACAUUUUUGGAGGGAAGCUCUGCCUUGAGUGUUCUGAGCCUGAAUGGUAAAGAGUUAUUGGGUCGGACUAUAACUAUUACUUUAAAGAGUCCAGACUGGAUCAAAACUUUGGAAGAAGAAAUGAGUUUAGAGAAAAUCAGCGUCCCCUUGCCAUCCUCAACAAGCUCCACCCUGCUGGGUGAAGACGCGGAGGUCGCGGCCGACUUCGAUAUGGAAGGUGAUGUUGAUGACUACAGUGCUGAGGUAGAGGAAAUCCUUCCUCAGCAUCUCCAGCCAUCUUCCAGUUCUGGCCUUGGCACUUCCCCAAGUUCUUCACCCCGGACCAGUCCCUGCCAGUCACCUACCAUAUCAGAGGGGCCUGUGCCUUCCCUUCCUGUGAGACCAAGUCGAGCUCCAUCAAGAACACCUGGGCACCCAGCUUCACAAAGUUCUCCUGUUGACACUCUGCUAGCAACACAACUGCAGCAGAAAGAUUCUUCCCAGCCCCUGGAACCCAAGCGGCCUCCCCCUCCCCGCCCGGUUGCUCCUCCUGUGCGUCCAGCCCCCCCACAAAGACCGCCUCCACCUGCAGGACGCAACCAGCCUUCACCUCAAACAGGACUCACAGGCCCAGGACCUGCUGGAUACAGUACAGCCAGACCGAUUAUUCCACCCCGUGCCGGAGUGAUCAGCGCCCCCCAGAGCCAUGCUCGGGUGUCUGCUGGGAGACUGACUCCUGAAAGCCAAAGCAAACCGUCAGAAGUACUGAAAGGGCCAGCUCUUCUUCCUGAACCACUGAAGCCUCAGGCCGCCCCUCCUGUGCAGCCUUCUCUGGCCCCGCCAGUUCAGCAGAUGCGGGAGCCUCGUGUCCCGGUGGCCACACCUAUGCCUCAGUCUGCCCCGCAGCCCAGCCUCGAAGCCGUCCCGCAGCCGCCCCCUCGGAGCAGGUCGUCCCACAGCUUGCCUUCUGAACCUUCAGUGCAGCCGCAGGUAAAAACAAACGGAGUCUCUGCCAUCAGACUGGACUCGCCAUUAAAGACUGACCCAUUUGAAGACCUGUCAUUGAACCUGCUUGCUGUAUCAAAGGCUCAGCCAUCUGUUCAAACCCCAGACCCAAAGGGGUUGAUUUCAUUGCCUUCUGCAACCCCAAGUAACAUGAAUACUUUGAGUUCUGUAAGCUGCAUGCUGACAAUGCCUCCAAUUCCAGCCCGGAGUAAAUCCCAGGAAAACACGCGAUGUUCUCCAAACCCAUUCAUUGAGAGCUCGAGCAGCACAAAUCCGUUCACCGACAGGACUGCCGCUCCCAGAAACCCCUUUAGAGCUGAAUCUCAAGCAUCAGAGGCCACUUCGUGGUUCUCCAAAGAAGAGCCCGUUGCUCAGAGUCCUUUCCCUUCUCCGAAGCCUCCCGGACAGAACAGCAGCAAGCCUUCAUCUUCACUGGGUGGCUUUGAGGACAGUUUUGACCCGCAGGGCCCACCUACGUUAAAAAGCAGCAACCCAAAAGGAUGGGUAACCUUCGAGGAAGAAGAGGACUUUGGUGUGACAGGAAAGUCAAGGUCCACUUGUCCAGACCUACUGGGUGAUCAGCCGAGUUCAUCUUCUGGCUCCAAGGUGACCUUUAGUGAUGACUGGAAUAAAGGUACCAGUGUCUCUUUCUGUGUGUUGCCAGCAAGAAGACCACCUCCGCCUCCUGCCCCUCUGCUCCCACCUGGCACCACCCCUCCAGCAGACCCUUUCACAGCCUUGGCCUCUAAGGCAUCACCCACGCUAGACUUUACAGAAAGAUAAUGUUCUACAGUAGAAAGCAGUUGUUUUUUUAGUUUUGGCAGGGUAGAGCCAAAAGAAUUGGGCAUUCGUUAUUCAUUAUGUGCAAUAAGUAAUUGUUAAGUGCACUGAUGUUGUCAUGAAAUACCACUAUUUAAUGUGUAGAAAGUUGGAAUAUGUGUAUAUUGGAAAUAAGGAAAAAUCUUUCCCAUUAUUAACUGGAAUUUUGGUGUGUUUCUGUUUGGAUAAAUACGAGAGAGUAGAAGCCAUAAAAAGUGCUCGAAACUACUUUAGAAAAUAGUCCUUAUUCAGAAAUUCUUUGUCAGUCUCCUUUACAGAAUCUCAAAAAGCCCAAACAACUUCUAGCUGACAUUACUGCCAGCCCCUUUCGUACUUGUUAAAAAUUGGUAUUUAUAAGUAUUUACCAAAGAGCUGUCAAACUUAUACUGAAACAGAAUUUAGAAAGACAUUGCUUAAA